AUGGAUCCACCAGAGUUUGAUCUCGAAGCUUACCUUGAAAAAAUCCAGAGAGAAGACACUUAUAUACUCAACCACUUUAGGGAGCGUCGAAAUCUAAUAUUGGAGGGUAGCGCACCUCGUGGUAGAAAACAUCUCAGUAGAGAUCAUGCAGGGGCAAACCAAAGGCUAAUUGCCGACUACUUUGCCAAUGAGCCUACAUACGACGAUGGAAUAUUCCGUCGCCGGUACCGGAUGCAAAAACAUGUGUUCCUUCGAAUCGUUGCGGACCUUUCAAGUAGUGAUAGCUACUUCACCCAGCGAGUCGAUGCAGCGAAGAAAGAAGGUAUAUCGCCCUUAGCAAAAUGCACCACAGCAAUGCGAAUGUUAGCAUAUGGUGUGGCAGCAGAUGCAGUCGAUGAGUACAUCAAAAUAGGAGAGACUACAGCAUUGGAGUGUUUACGUAGAUUCUGUAAAGGAAUCAUACGAUUGUAUAAGCAAGAGUACAUGAGAGCACCAACCCAAGAGGACCUGCAAAGAAUACUACAGGUUAGUGAAAUGCGGGGGUUCCCAGGCAUGAUCGGGAGUAUUGACUACCGGUCACCAGUGUUUGAUGAAUUGGAACAGGGAAACGCUCCACGUGUGAAUUUCAUCGUGAACCAACGUCCCUAUAAUAUGGCAUACUAUCUAGCUGAUGGUAUCUACCCUUCUUAUCCAACUUUCGUCAAGUCUAUUAGACUUCCUCAAACUGAACCCGAUAAGUGCUUUGCAAAACAUCAGGAGGGAUGUCGGAAGGACAUCGAACGUGCAUUUGGAGUGCUUCAAGCUCGUUUUAAAAUCAUCCGUGAACCAGCUCGCUUCUGGGACAUAACUGAUUUGGGUAUCAUCAUGAGGUCAUGCAUCAUAUUACAUAAUAUGAUUGUUGAGGAUGAACGAGAUUCAUAUGCUCAACGCGAGACCGAUUUUGAGCAAGCUGAGGGAAGUGGAUCUAGUACACCGCAACCAUACUCGACCGAGGUGUUACCCGCUUUUGUGGAUCAUGUGCGUGCUAGAUCCGAGUUCCGUGAUCCAAAUGUCCAUCACCAACUACAAGCAGAUCUAGUGAAGCACAUCUGGGCAAAGUUUGGAAUGUAUGAUGAUUAAAUAUGCUUUGUAUCGUACUAAUUACGUUA